GGUUAACUUGCGUGUGAUAACAAUAUCCAACAUUAACAAGCAUCUGAACUUCUGACUUCCCAGUUUUUCCGACAAACUCAAAAAUCUACUUUUUUUUUUUUAUUAAAUCCCACCUUCGGAAGGAAUAGUAUGUUUUUGAGUGAUUGAUUUCAUCAUCAUAUCUUCCCAUUCCAAAAAUUCAAUCGCCACCCAAAGGCAUGAAGCAAUCAGAUUGCACAUACAGCUCACUUCCAAACGAUGUAGCUCUCAAGAUUGCUUCUUCCCUUGAGGUGCCGGAUCUUUCCUCGUUGGGUUGUUGCUCUCUGGUUUGGCGGGAUUUAUGUGGGUCGGAUUGUUUAUGGAAGUCACUUGUCAGAGAAAGAUGGCCUCUUUUGAACGAAGCUGCCUUGCAAGACCCCAACUUCAAGGGGUGGAGAGGAUUUUACAAAAAACAGCACAAGGAGGUGGCCGGUAGGGCUGCAUCUGUUGUUAAAUUUGUGGAACAAUGCUCACUAUCUGAGUCACUCGACGUUAGUAACUAUCUGAAAGCAAUUGAAUGCCUGAGGUCAAUGCAGUUCGGAUUUAAAGAUGUUCAAAUGGUCCUGUUCAAACCAAAGCUGAACGUGUUACUUAACCUGGUUGGACUACACUACUGCCUUAAUUGCCUCCAAGUGCCGGCUUCACAUGUCACGGAAGCACUUCAGAGUAGCAAGAUUUCUGAUCGUCAAGUGUGUGUCAAGUGGUGGAAGCUUGGCAGAUGGUUCUAUGGUUUCCGCAUGCGAGAUGAAUCUCAUUCUCGUUGCAUCUCUCUCCAAGAUCUUGCAACAGCGAAAGAAGAGGAGGUGCUGGGGGUACUUGAACGAGGAGCCAUUCAUGAGGUUUUACAAGUUCAGAUAUCCGUUGCUGAGUCCACGAGCAAUCUCUGGUCUAAUCAAAGCCCUCAAUGAUUGGGUUAGAUAAUUGGAUAAUGAUAAGCAGAUGUACACAGUGUUAAUGACUCAUCAUUGUAUGAUCUAUACUAGUGAGUAUCUAAGUUGAUGUGUGUGUAUAUCUACUGCAUACUAUUUGACUUAUUUCAAAUUUUUUAAAUAGAAAAUGUUAAUAUAUUUGUGAUUCUGUGAUCUUUGUAAGUUGUAACAAUGAGGAAUUCAGUAGUAUAAAUUUACUGAAACCCUUUGCGUCCUGGCAGUUUCUCCAUUUACUGGUUUCAUCAUUCAAAAAUUUGUUCUCCAGAGAACAUAGGAUCAAACAAUAGGGAGUUAAUUUAGUUCUGCCUCAACUUGCUGACAACAUGGCUAAAGAGGGUGUAAGGAGACAUGAGGACUGUGUUCUCGUUUUUGAUUGAAUGUCCAUGCUCUAUGUAGGAGAAUGCUCUUAUGAUAGGAAGGCCAGGUGAAGAUCAUCCAGGGAGCUGUUGUCAAAGGUUCAGGCUGUGUUCUUGUUUUGUUUGAUAAGGAUAACCCAAAUCUUGUUGUGAAGGAGGUUUGAUGAUUCACCACUUUCUUGCAUGCUACACCUGAAUGGUUGGAGAGCUGGUGGUUUGGUAAGCUGUUGAUCCCUCUCAACAGGUAUAUCUCUUUCUUUUGACUUUGGAGGCGGGCUUGGUUUGGGUGAGGUUUUGGGAUGUGUUUCUUGCUAUGAUGCUGAUGAAGUUAUGUGGUAAUGUUUAUAUGCUUAUUUUGAGUGAAUCAGGUUUUUGUAUACAUGUGAUAGGAUCGGUGAUUUUUGACUGAAGAGGUGUAUAGAUUCUGUGUAGAUUCCUGCCUUGGAUGGCAAGGGUAUUUUGUAUAGGGAACGAAAGGGAUACUUUUGCUGUGUGGUUUUCUUGCAAAGCUUGGAUUUUAAGUU